AAAAACACAAUGUCCACCCGCCCAUCAAAGCAGCAAGCAGCGAGAGAAGUAAUCGACAUCCUCCACGAGAUAUCCACCCUUCUUGUAAUAUCCUCUCCUUCCCACUUUUUUUUUCUCUUCUUCCUCCAGCUGAUACCUAAAUCGUACCCUACCGUCAAUGAUAAGAACACGAAUUUGGACAGGACUACGCUGAGUCUUUGCGUCAGUCUCGUAGAGAAUGGGGUUCAUCCUGAGGCAUUGGCGGUGAGAUUUCUCUGCUGUGUGACACAGAUCUCCCGGCACCCACGGGUCUAGGUAUAUGAAUGAUCGCUGACCAGGAGGGCGAGGGCGGAAAGGCCGUGAUUAAGGAGCUGAGGAGGGAAAGUGGGCUGUUGCAAAGGGGAGAGGUUGAGGAGGGGUAA